AUGACUCCUAGCAAGAAGAACUACAGAUUCACAGCUCAUAACAGAAAAAAUGUAGAUAAUAAAAAACAACAUACCGUUCUUAAUACCAUGGCAAUAAAUGAGAACACAUUGACUGAUAAAAUUGAUGAUGUCGCCUUAAUUAAUACCGCAUUUGAAAAAUCAUUGAUAUCUCUUUUGUUCUCAUUACCGUAUGACAAAUAUUCAUGGAGUACGGAUGUUAGAGAACUAUAUUAUUCUCAACUAAUCAUCCUCAAAGAAUUAUAUGUUACACAUAUCAAAAAAAUUAGGAUUUUUCCAUCAAAUACUUAUGAAACUUUCGAGACAACUGAACCACAAGAUCUUUCACUAUCAAAACUUAAUGAUUUUAUGACAUAUUCAUUUAAAUUUUUUGCACUUGGCGAUUCAUGGUCCCUUAUGAAUGCAGACUCCUUAUUUAUAUUCAUCAAUACUGUUGAAAGAUUUGAAAAACGCUCGAAAUCAACAACAAGCAAAAUUUUUAAUGCAUUUUCCUCUGAACUGUCCACAGUUGGCACUUAUUUAACUAGUUGGAAACGGUCUAUUAAUCAUAAAAUCCAUUCUUUUAUAAAAAAGAAGGCAGUCGAAUCCAGAAAUGCAAUUCUUCGAUCACCAUAUUAUGUUGAUUUAAAUAAGAAUGACUAA